AUGACCACCUCGUCAUCCGCCGCCAUGUCGCAAAAGGAUCAGCGCGCUGCAGCGCUGCUCGAGCAAGGGCGCAAGCAGAAAGCAGAGCUGGAUCGCAUGAUUAAAGCCAGCUUUGCUCACUCCUUUUCGCCCUCGACCACCAGCAGCACCUCACGAGGCGGACGCAUGCAUCCCAAGGACGCGAGCGCCAAGCUCUUGGACGGCGAGAUCGACUUUGCACGCAGAAACCUUCGCAACACCUGGCUCAACCUCCUCUUCACCUGCACCUUCACCCGCGAGGCACACUCGGUCGACGGUCACAUUUGGAACGAGACGUCCUACAACCUCAUAACCGCCUACCGCUCUUACAUUUCGGCUGCGCAGAGCUCCAUCGAUCCUACCGUCCAGGCGCCCGGCCGUCGCGGCAAGUCUGCUCAAGAUGCAGCGCGGGCCAAGGCCGAGUACCGCAAGUUCCUGCUGGAUGAAGAGCUGUUUUGGCAGGAACUCGUUGGCCGACUCGUUCGGCUCUUCUCUCUCGAUGAAGCACGCUCCAACCUCGAGGUGCUUGGCAUCGAUGCCGACAACGACGCCGACACCUCCGUCUCUUCCUCUUUGCCGACCGACUCUUUUGCAUCGCGAGCGACACGCCAAGUCAACGAGCCGGACGAGACCCUGUCUCAAGCGGCGCUGCUUCCCACCAAGCGCAACCACCUCCUCUCCCUUCUGCACAAGUUCCUCAUCUUUUGCGGCGAUCUAGCCAGGUACCGUGAGAUGUCGUCGCACGAUCAUAGCAACGAAGCGUCCAGCAGCAAGAAGGGCAAGGCCUCUCCCAAAUACGACUUUAGCCGUGCUUCCGCCUUCUACGAGCAGGCGCGUCUCCUCUUGCCCGACCAGGGCAAUCCGUCCAACCAGCUUGCGGUCGUAUCACAGUACAACGGCGAGAUCUUUGCCUCGGUUUACAACUACUACCGGGCAUUGUGUGUCAAGACGCCAUUUGCGAAGGCCAAGGUCAACCUCGAGAAGCUGCUAGCGAGGCCGACAUCUGCCUAUCUCGAAGAGGAGUCUCGAUCCACGGUCGGCGGCAAUACGUACUGGGAUGCAGCCAAAGACCGUCAGGCGCGCGAUCCUCAGCUGGUCGCGCGACUCUCCAACAACGUCGAAGAAGCCCAGCAACUCACGGAAGCAUGGCUCAAGCAGGUCGUCAUCUUGCACGGCCUCUUCUACCGACGCACUCAUCUCGAACACGUCAUGUACCUGUCCCGCUCCGUACUGGCCACCUUUUCGACACUGAUCCGCGCACGAGCACUGCGGGCCGACCAGGUCGUGCAGUUCCUCGUCACUGCUCUCUGUGCAUCGUGGACGACACGACUCUGGCGAGGCGCACCGAAUGCUUCGAGCAAAGAGUCGUCCCGCCCUUCUUCAGCUGGGUCCGAAGAUCGACACCGCCCAGUGGCCGUUCGUGGCGAGCGCUCGUCCAAGAAGCGCGCGUCCUCGCCCGAGACGGGUCGCUGUAUCGAGUUCUUGGUCACUGCUCACGUGCUUGGCGUGUUCAACGAGCUCGCCGCCGUCGACACCGCCGAGACCAGGGAUGCUCUGAACGCCAACAAGGAGCUCGCAGCAGCUCUUGCGCCAGCAGAUGGGCCGUCGUCUCCCAUCCGCAACCUGACCGCUGUGGUGCGAAGGACCUUGCCAGCGCUGCGCAUUGGUUCCAAGUGGACCAAGACGCACCUCGAAUACAUGCAACGCAUCGAGAAGCGCGCUCGAGAUGCCGUGCAGCAACACGGCGGGAUGGAUGCAGACGUGGUGCGGUCGGGCAUGGAGGCGCAGCCCGAUUCGGAGCGUCCCGAUCCUCACCAUGCUGCGUACGCGGACACGUUGGAGGCGAUGGACAGAUGCUGGUCGCAGUAUGUGGAUCUUAUCAACAGUCUGAGGUAUGCCUUUCCGUUCGACUCGCUGCCCAACAUUGGCAAGGUGGGGACCGUCGGUGCGCCUGGACUUUGCCUGGAAGAAGACUCGGACAUGCGAGGCUUUGCUCCUACGCGCAAGGCGACGCAGUCGACGAUUCCUGGCGGAACAACGAUCAGCUUUGGCAUGGGCGAGGCAUGCGCCAACGUCGAAGCGGUGCGACCUAGUCAGGUGCAUCCCAACGAGGAGCAGCUCAUGCGUAUCGCCGAUCUCAUGAUCGAUGCCAAGGUGAUCGCCGAGUCGGACGCAAGCCCGAUUCGCUUUGACGAUACGGAUAAUGUGUUUGUCUUUGAGCGAGAGAGGAAGAUCGCGACUGCGAGCACCAGUGCUGCUGCUGCUGCCGCCGCCAUCGCUACCGCAUCUGCGAGGCCUACUGUCAAACCUGUCCCGGGGGCGCGUCCAGAAGCUGCGAAGGACGGGGAUGGUGCGGAUGUCGCCUCGGUGGAACAGUCGAUGCGAAGCGUACAGGUCGUAGACAGUGGCGCCGUGGCUGAUGGUCGUAAAGGAGCAGCAGAGCCUUCGCUGGUGCCGUCGCAGGUCAAGGCCAAGACCAAUAUGAACAAGGACGAUCUCGCUCGCCAGCUCUUUGCUGCCUAUCCGCUCCCAUCGGACACUUCAUCGGCGACAGGGCUGAGCCACACCGCGGCUUCCAGUUCCACCACCACUGGGCUGGCAUCACAAACAGGCUCGAGAGCGAUCGGCGGUGGUCAGACGAACAACAACCACACCAACAUCCUGCUUUCGAAUGGAGCCCCCAUCAGCUCGAUCUGGGCACCCAAUGCCUCGGACAUGGGUGGCGCGACCUUGCCUUCCCACCUCCAGUACGGUGGUUCUUCCAGUCUGUACCAGCAGACUUUGAACCAGCAUCAGCAGCUACCGUACCAACAGCAACAGUCGUGGCCCAAUGCCGCCUAUCUUCAGCAGCAGCAGGGAUCCAUCCCACAUCUGGGCGGAUAUGCAGAGACCUACGGCAACACGACUCCGGAUCCGUUCAACCCGCACGGCUACGGAGGGUCGCAUCUCUACCCAUAUCAGCAGCAACAGCAGAGCGCCUUUCCGAGCUCGCCCUUGCAUCAGCAGCAACAGCAGCGCACGACGCCCCAGCCGGGAAACCCGCGCAACGGUGAAGGCAGCUUCGGGGCGGGGCAAGAUCCAUAUUAUCCAGGACCGGGUCGGGCUGGUGCGCCUCAUCCAUCUCGCUUCGGGUGA